AUGUCCCCAUUUGUGCUCAGGUGGUUGAAGGAUCAGUUGUUGUUGGCUGCUGUGAAGCAAACGCUUAAGAACAUCGUGAAGGAUAUUAAUGAAGAUCAGUUGGAACGCGUAGGCCUUACAAUGGGUGGUUGGGGAGUUGUUGUUAAGCUCUCGAACCUGCAGCUCAACGAAACUUACAUCAAUGAGACAGUUCUAGGUACUGCGGGUGUAGAAUGCGGUGGAGAUACCGUUGCGCCAGGUUCUACGCGGCGUGGGUUAUUGAGCUUAGCGUCUGGGCAUGUGCACACUGUGGAGGCUACGUUUAGUGUGGGCACAACCGGGAGGCGGCGGUUCGAAGUGGACGGUGUUCAGCUCGUUUUCGACGUCAAUCCUCGUGCAAUGGAGUGCACUACGUCCUCCCGUUACUGUGAUCAUCCUCCUACUUUUGGUGAGGGGGGCGCCGACAGCAAGGGUGUGACGGAGGAAAUCCCGCUGUCUCGAGAAACGGUGGAGGAUGCGUACUCAUCCCUUGACAAUGAUGGAAUUCUCUCGCGGGGUGCAGACGGGAGAGGCCCCAAUUACGUUGUGGAGGAGUGGGGGUCUCAUUCUGUUGGGCAAUUGUCCUCACAACACACGCUUGACGACUGUGUAAGGGCCCUCGUAUGCAGCAUAAAGAAGUUGGCUUACAGUGUGAGUGGCCGCAUGAGCAAUGUUAGUGUCAUCCUGCGGGUACCACCUCGCGGACAGGAAAUAGUCGUCGGGCGAGAGCCUCCAUAUGGCACUGUAGAGUUACUGGUGUCAUUUGAAGGAGGGUUCGAGAUUGACGACGCGGGUUCGGAUCCGAAUGGAGGCACAAUGAAGAAAAUUGUUCGAUUUUCUGGUCUUCGCGCCGCUGUCUAUCCGUAUGGUAGGCGCCAAACGAUGGUUGAUGCCGAUGUGGAAAGGGGUGAAGUUGUUGAUACGGGCGAUAUAUUUUUGUGCAGCGGGCAUCCAAAGGAGUUCAUACACAGUGUUGAAUUCCACCUCAGUGAGGCUGACAUGGCGGUUGGAGUGCCGAAGGGAUUCAGCAGGGCACAAAUAACAACAAAGGUAUUCCUCUUCGUGCUUUCACCAACGCAGCUGGGACACCUGGUUCACAUCGCUCGUGCGAUUGCGGGUGCGCCAAAACCUUCUGAAGAGCCAGCAAGUUUAGCGGCCAAAGGUGAUGUCUGCGCGACACGGCGAUCCGCCACGUCGCUGAAGAUUACAUGUGAACUCAUUUCAUCCACAUUUCUACGUUGCGAAGAUCGUGAGGGGGUCAAGCGCGCAUGGAAAGCCCUUGUAGAACACUUUGAGGAUAAUAGUGUUGAUGAGUUGCUUCUAUCCCGGGAACACAGGGUCAUUUUACACCGUUUUCUGUUCCGUACAGGGUUCUACGAAGUGUACGUAAGCGGUAUUAGGUUGUUGGUAUAUCCGACGAUCACCAACUCUCUUUCUUCAGAGGAUGCAUUGCACGGUGUGUUUGGAAGUGACCUUGCUCGCCGUUGCUCGGUGGGGAUAGUUGCCAUUGAGGCAUAUGAACGGCUCCCGUGCGAAGAUGAUACCAGUGAGGAUGCCCGCACUGAGCUGACUGAUUGGAACGGUGUGGGCAACACCAAGUAUGGCCGAGUUGUGCUUACCACGAGAGUGAAUACCGUAUCGAAAUCAAAGCGGCGGUUCAGUGUGGGGAUUAUCAUCGGUACAACCCACCCCCUAACCCCUGCGGAGGCAACUCGGUAUAUCGGUGAAUUUCCUAACGAGGGGAUUGAUGCAGCGGCAACUGUAUUUGAGAGCGUUGCUAUUAUUUUGUCGGGGAUAGAUCUGAUCGUAAAUGUGAAUCUGAAUACUCUAGAGAGGUUAGGCAGUUAUUGGAAGAGACUCCAGUGCAUAGUGAGUGGCCCCUCUCCUAGCACCGUGGCGGAUCAAAGAUCGCAAGACGCUGCGUUACCGUCUGUGUUCCCUUCCUCAGGGUCGAUCCACUCGGUUGUUCCAACGCAGGAGAAUGUAGGCGACAACGUGGACCGGUCGAAAGGCAGUGCGUGCGAGGACCCGCUUGUGGAGUUUCCGCCGGCGCUUCCGUCCUCUGAGACAGCAUCUUCCGCAAUCCCUAAGAAAAGCGUGGUGGCGCCGUAUUUGGUUCUUCGAUCGUUUGAGUUGGAGCUAGAGAACGCAAUGGUGGAGGUUUUGUUCAUGACAUCAAAGGCACCAGAUCCUGACUACUGUGGCCCUCUUACCCGUCGCCUGUGGGGUCGGCUGCGAGAAGAAGGAGAGGAAAUGCAUCUCUUCACCAGUGCCUUGUGCGCGGGUUUCGGCGAUGUUGAGGGGCCGUAUCUUCCAGUUACGCUAAGUUGUUACCUGGAGAAUGUUAAACUCUCUGUGGACAGCGCUGGUGGCAUGAAGAUUUCACUCAGCAAGGUGCUACUAUCGCUGAACGACCACAAGGACAACGAAAGAAGCGGGAUUCAGUGUUCGUUCGACACUGAAGAAGGGGAACCAUGCAUUACUGUGCAGCGUCACCCGAACCACCCGUCGUACAAAAAUAUUGGUACGGCAUCCGCACCUAAUGUACCCUUCACAAGGGAAUACCACCAGGAAGAGGUCAAAGCUGAAGAAAGAAGUUUAAUAACUGUUCGGGCAGUCGUUCAUCACGUAAGUGGUACCCUCCACAAAUGUGAGUUUCUUCUGAUCGCGUUCUUCCUUAACCAGGUGGCGGAGACUGUUGACAAGCUAUGCAUUAUGUUUAAAAAAUUGCACCGAGGGGAGAGAAGGAUGAAGGGUGAUACGUGCAGAGAUAAUUUAUCCUCACAAUGCGAUGACAUGUGGAGCGUGGGCGCGGACGGUGCUUCCGAAGCCACAAGCAUUAGUAUCAGGUUGUUGGUGGGCGAGGUAUCGACGGUGUUAUGGGCACCGCGCCUUUCAUCUGCAGGCGUGGCCAUAGGAGAACCCUUGUGGCGCUGCAUACCUUACGAAAUGCGGAAGGUCACUGAUGCUCGACUACUGUAUCAUCAGUAUCAACUGAGGUUUUCAAACGUUGAAGUGUUUUCCUUUCACGAGACGUCAGAUGAUGUUAAGAAGGUGACUGUUCACGCCGAGACUUUGUGUUUUUGCCUUCAAGAAAAUUUGUGUGAUGUAUGGUCUGACAGCGUAGACUUUCAGUGGCUUCCUGAGCAUGCUUCUUCACCUGAAUGGGGCGGAACUGUGACGCUUCUCCAAAGUUACGGCACAUAUUACAAUGAUGUGGGCGGCCUCCAAACUCCGGCAGACGCUCAUGGAACCUCGGAAGUAUUGUAUGGUCGGCGAGCGGGAGGAGUUUCACUUUGCCGGUUUUUAAAUUUCGAGGAUCACACUGAAACGUAUGAUGCAGUUGUGCUUUUGGACCGCAUUUUCAUGGGCCACCAGCCUGCGUGGGAGGGGGAUAACUGGUUUCUUGUCAUCUUUAAUUAUUUGUCAGACCCAAGCACUGAGGUGCUGAGCUCUGCUGUGGCUCAAAAGGUGUCGGGAGUGCAGGACUGCUCCGCGGAUGUAAUAGAUGCACAGAGCGAUGAUGGUGUUUCGAUGGCAACAAGUGCAAAAGUAAGAGUAAGUUUUUUUGACACACUAGUGGAGUAUCGACCUUUCGGAAGGUACUCCGUGAUCGCUGGCCUUUCUCCCCACAUCAAAAUCGAUAUCAUUGUGCCAAGUCUUCCGACAGGAACAACCGUUAUAAAAUUGUACCUCGGUAGAGACACGGCAUCAUUAUUUAUUCACGACAACUUUCCAAAGAGUUUAUUGGUCAUUGACCAUGAGACGGGAUACAGUUCACUUUUCGGCGACAGAAAGAGGGGUACAGGGGCGCACCUCGCAAACCUUGGGUUUGUAAGGGUUUUGGACAUUUACCAGUCUAAUGUGUCCACCGAUCACGUGAGUAAGUGUUGUGCUAAAGGGGGUGACGCAGAAACGAAAGGCGCAGCGGCAGUAACAGUUUCCUUGAAUGCGACAUCAGAGAAACCACUCUUUAUCACGGUGCACGACCUUCACGUUGCCAUGUUCUUUGCCCAAGACUCGCUAUAUCACUUCCAAACCACUGUUACAAAUUUUUUUACGGGGUUGGAUGUCGAUUUUCUCCCUUCACCGUACUUGUUGGUGCAGCGCAGUGGGGAGUACUUCGCCCACAUUACUCAGGUGAAAACGGUUAGGGAGAUGUCUGAGGUGGAUGUGCAUGUCGUGGCACGUGAUUAUGGUGCACGUUUGCGCCAUCUGCUAAAUAGUUCCGUCAUCGCAGCUUGUCACGGGGUGCCAGAAGUUUUUCACCAGAAGAUCGAUGCGCCCUGCGUUGACGAGGGCGCACAGUCUUUUUCUGAUUUUGAUAUGCUUGGAGACGUAACCUUUGGGAAAUCAUCGUGGGGAGUCUGGAAUACCCGUAAUGAUGAAGCUGUAGAUCUAACGAGUCACUGCAAGUCUCAGAAUUUUUUGUCUGUUCACGCUACUUAUGAAGGAUGUUUGCCCAUCGGUUGUUGGAGCUCCACAUCUGGGGACCCUUUGAAUUGCCCAAAUGACGCACCAUGGAGGUUGCCGCCCUUCUCCACCGCGUCAAUGGAGAUUUUUGUGCGAGAUUGUAAUCUCGUUGUGCAUCUCUACGGCGGCGAAGACUUUAUACGCGCAGACGUUCCAGACAAAUACUUACGUACCCUCCAACGCUUUGCUGUAGAUGAAGAUACUGCUCCGGAGUCGUGUGCUAAUCAGCUUGCAUCGGAAGAGCGUGGGCCUUCCAAUGAGCUGAACCGCAACUUUGGGUGUGAUGAACACCGCGAUGACGUCCUCGGUGGUGGUCGUCGACAGGAUGAGCACGUCAUUGCUCACCUGAGGGGUAUUCGCGCGCAAUUUGAUCGUUUUGCCCCUGGUAAGGCGUACUUCAUGCAAUUGCAUAUUACAGUGAAAGACGGAGAGAUCAUUGACCGCAUUGAGGGAAGCACUGUGCAAACACUUCUAAUGGCUUCCUUACCUCAGUCGCUUCGGGACUGUGAUAGCGAUUUAUUUUCAAUGAAAUGGACCACAAUUCUCCCUUCCACUUUGUCAGGAUAUGCGGGAACGGUAAUUGAGGGGAAACCGGAGGAGGAGCUGUACGUUCGUCUCCAGCCUAUUACCGUGGCUCUCCACAGGCGAGCCCUGAAUUUGCUUCCAAGAUUCAUUGAGGUGCCCGAAAAUGUCACCGAGGAGAAUAUAAUUUGGAAGAAGGCACGUAGAGACUCACUAUUUUUCAGAAAAAUUGAACUAUCUCCUGUCACCAUGACACUCUAUGUGCAAUUUGAAGGGAGAAGCGCCUUUGAAGCCCUACAUGGAAAUGUCUUUGAGCUGUGUAACUAUUUGCUACCCUCACUGGAGCGCGCACAAGUACAACUGCCGCGGAUGGUGAUCACUUCAUGCCCCGCUGAACAAGUGUGGGGGUUAUUCUGUCAGCGCUUGGGUGGGGAAAUUGGAAAGUUUUGGGGCUUCUUUCUGCUUUGCUGCGCCGUUCAACCGCUACAGCUGGCGUCAAACGUUGCCUCGGCGAGCACUGGGGUUUUAUUCGCCCCGCUAAACGAGCACCGUCGCAACAAGCGCUUUUUCGCAGCUGUAUGUUGCGCGUUACGUAGCUUCCUUUUGACGGUAACCACUGAGUCACUGCAUAGCGCUGCGGGUCUCUCGCAUUCGCUGCAGCACGUGACAAGUAACUCCAUUUCAUACCUCGUGCCGGCUAGUGGUGUGAAUCCUGCGGCACGUGGUUCGCAACCGGUGAACGCCACGCAGGGGGUUCAAAAUGGACUAAUAGAAGUAACCCGAGGGUUUCGCGUAGCGUAUGAUAUUGCUCUUCACUGCCUCGGACCUCAAGGCAACAGCAUUUGCCUACCUGUCGCUUUCUCUGCCAUGUUGGACGGGUUGCUACGGGGAACCGGCGAAGUGUUGCGGGGCGCUCGCAAUGCCAUAGCACCAGAAAUGUACGAACAAGAGAACAAGAUCUUCAAGGGUAAACAAACCAAUCCGCAGCAAUGA